AUGUCGAGAACACCAGACAAGCCCAAGAAGCAGAAAGUGACAGAGAAGGAACAGGGUGACCUUGCUACGCCUUCCAAAGUUGAUCCGCCCAAAGCCGCUCGUCCUGCCAAGUUUGGACAACCCAAGAACGGAGAUGGCGUCUUGAUGAAAGCACGGAAUACGGCUGCUCGGAAGCGCAAGGCUGACCAAGAAUUGCAGGAGGAUCCUGAAGAUCCGGACAGUGAGCUGGAAGUUCCGCGCAUCCAACGAAAAACUCACAAGCGAGCGUGCAAAACGAAGGAAACCAGCCAGGGCACCAUGCGUGCGACAGCUGUCCGCCUGCACUCCCGCAAGACAUCGAUCUUGAAGAAGUCUUCGGAUGCAAAUGAAGAUUGCUCAGAGGGUGGGUGGAAAGUACUCCAGCAAAAGCUUCUUUCUGGAUUUACUAUUUCCUGCUUUGCGCGCAAGCAACUUUUGGACUUCUACGAUUUCAGCAAAGAAGGCCUGGAGAACUUUGUGGUGGAUUAUGUCCAUGGAGAAAGCAAGCGCACCCAAGAGCCACGUGCUACACCUGACAACGCAGAUGAGGAGCAGGGGGACGCAGACCAGGAGGGAGCAGAUGACCAGGACGUUCCGGAGAAGGAUCCUUUUGCCUACAUCAAGGAAUUUUCACCACAUAUCGAAUUGCUUGAGCCUGGAGAAUUUGGAAAGGAAUUUCCUUUCCGGUGCCUCUUGUGCAAAAGCAAGUCCUGGCCUGAAGGAAAGGUGGGAAAUCUUGUCCAGGCCAAGGCCAAGUCUGUCAAGUUCUUCUUGGAUUCUCAUUGCGGGAGUGCAGUACACAGACGCAACAAGGCGCGGUACGACCAGAUGUUUGGAGAUGGAGCUGUGCCCGAGAAGUUGGUCCCAUGCGAAGGGCUGCAUGUGGAGGACAAGGCCAGCGCUGGAGCACUGUACUGCUGUCAGAAGGAGUUCGGCAUUUGGGCAUCGAUGAGCAAUCUGGCUGCGUUGGCGAAGCACACGUAUUCGCAGGUGGCAUCAGAUGGCAAAGGCUGGCACAUCCGGGCUCACAAUUGUGAGAAGGAGUGCAAGCCGAUUAUUGGCAAGGAGCACCAAGUUUGUUCGACGUGUCUGGCUCUUGGAGCAUCUCACAGUGUCUACAAAUCGGUGCACAGAUUUGCCAUGAAGUUUUACUCUUCGAAGCUUCUGUCCUCCAGGCUGUUUCUCGGAGUUGACGAGGCGCAGAAAGUCGAAGGUGAGAUCCGGGAGAGUUUCCUGUUCACAAAGGAGCCCAAGAAGAUGGAAUACAUCAUCAACCUCCCGAAUGCAAGGCUCCAGAGAAUCGUGCGAGCUAGUGCGAUCCACGAUGGGAACAAGUCCCACCAAAUGGACCUCUUUCACAGCUCAGUCAUUGCGCCAUGUUUGCAAGUCAAUGUCUCCAGUGUUCCUGACAGGAUGAGCGACAUCUUGGCCAAGGUGAACGCACUGGUUUCUAGUGGAACUGCGAGUGAGCAGGACCAGGCCAACAUGAAGGUGGCAGUGGCCUGCCUGUCAGGCUCACUGGACACGCACCCCAUGAUCCUGGGGUUGGCGCUGCAGUGCCGCAGAAAGCUCGAGAAAGAAGAGCGCGGCGUGGGUCCGAGAGGACGUAGGAGCAAGGAGGGAGAGACAGAGAGGACCCUCAUCGCAGAGGCUGGACUUCAUUUUGCCUUGCACGCCGGCAACAGACGGCUCUGCAAGGAGUUCGGCGUGACAGUUGUAACCCUCAACGUGAUGGGCAAGUUGGAAGAACUCAGCCUGCCGAGACCGGCUUUAGCCAUCCUCAAGCCAGAGAUUUCGGAGCAGAACUGGCAGCUGCUCGAUCAAAGGUUUGAGGCGCAACCAGACUCACACAAAAGUCGUCUCUUUAUGGCCUUCGAUUGCACAUAUCUCACACAGACGCUCACUCAGAUGACACUCUGGGACACCAAAGGGUUGGUGGGCGGUGCAUGGUCAGCGCAAAACCCGUCACAGAGCUUCUUAAGCAUGGAAGACGAGAAUGUUGACACGAAGACAGUGCCCAAAGCAUCCUCCAUGCUAAACUUCUUGUCUUGGGAUCCAUGUGCCACAAAGAAAGCACCUCUCUCUGUGUGUUCGGUUCCGAUGGAAAGCGGCUUCACUGGCCCGCAGGGCACGUUUCGCGGCAACUGGUGCAUGUUGCAUGUUGUGGGCUCAGUGCUGGAGAAAAGCGGUGGACUUGUGAAGGGCGUGAUCUUUGACGCUGCCCUGACCCACCAACACGUGAGAAAGGUUUUGAUGGGACAGAUGGAAGAUGUCGACGCAGAAGAACUGGCCAACGUUCCGUACUUCAAAAAUGUGAAGCAUAUCGGACUACCGCAACAUUGCCUGCCGAGGCUACCAGUUCAGAUUUGCACCCAUGAGGAUGCCUAUGUGUGGUGUUUACCAGGAGCUUGUCAUGCAAACAAGAAUUCGGGAGGGCAAUUGGUAUCGUUUUUACGGACGUGCUACUACGGAGUCUUCUGGGCAGACAACACUGCAUCACGUUCCCAUGGUCUACCACCAGCAGCCUAUGGGAGGCAUUCGCCCAUGUCGGAUGCUAUGCAAGCUGUUCUGGCAAACCCCUACUACUUAGAUGGACCUCUCUCUUCGAUGACAGUGCCCUGGAGCUUGAAAGGCACCCUUCUCCACCACUUAUGUGUUGGGCUGUGCAUUGCACCCUCCAUGCACCGCCAUCUUCAUCUCUCCGAGAGAUGCGAGACCGCCCUGUGUGGCUUCCUGCUCUUGGACAUGUUUGAUGCACUGGCCCGAGACAAGUGCAAAGACAUGGGCCUACCAGCCGGCUCUUGCUUCAUGGCUCCUCAAACCCGCUCGUCUCUCCAACAUGUUGCCCUCAGCAUAGUGAUCGUUUGCAUCACGAAGGAUGCAUGCUUCCAACCUUGGAAGGGCAAUGGCCGAAUGACCGAGCUCAGCAUAGAGCAGCACUUUGGAUUCCUACGAUGUCAAAUGCAGAACGCUCAGAUGUCCACAAGGCAGUUUUUUGUGGCAGACGCACGGCAAGCAGUCAAGACAUCAAAGAUGCUUGACCACCAGAAAGCAGUCCCAAAGGACAAAGCUGAACCAAAGCUGACUACGGAAGAGUUCCAAGAAUGCUGCCAGAGGGCUUGGAAGGCUUGUUUGAAGCUUGUGUCCAAAUGCAGUGGCAUCAGCGAGAAGUUCGUGGAGUCGCAAUACAAAUUGUUCUGCAAUGAUAUGCAGUUCACUGGUGAAGACACGAUGCUUCGUGAGGAAGACGAUCCGGAGGUCCUCCAAGAAGCUGGCGCUGAUGUAGCUGAGAAGAAGGGUGAGGGCGAGGAUUUCUUGCGCCAAGUGCAGACAGAAACUGCACUGCUGAAGGAUUGCUUGGACAAUGGGAUUGAGCCAAAAGACACAGAGAAGGGUCCUUCUGGUGAGGAUUUGGACGUGGGUGGACUUCCAGAUGAGAAGGAGUUGCGCCGCUUGCUUAGCGUGGAGAAUCCGUCAGAGGCCUUUCGAACCGAAACAGCAAAAAGCCCGAGAGGCAGUCCUCCUCACAGCAAUGAUCACCUUCCAGUAACCUUGAGAGAGGCUUUGGAGAUGCGAGGUGAUAUGUUCAACGCGCUCUUUCGACUCCUGGUGCGAUUGAGAUCCGCCAAGGGCGGAUGUGACACGCUUUGGCUGAAGAAUGCGAGAAGCUCGCGAAAGUCAAGCCGAAAUCUAAAUUGGUACCAGUCACUCGGCCUAGAUGGUCAAAUAUCUUUAGAAGAUGUUUGA